AUGUUACGUGUUUGGCCGACAAAAAUAAUUGAAGAUGAAUUUCAAACAUUUCCUAAAAUUAAUAUUGAACAAGAAAAAGAACCAUGGAAUUGGUUGAAACAUCUUGAUAAAAACUUUCUUCUUCAUUGGUGGAAAAUAUUUGAUGAUUUUUCAAGGUGGUUGUUUGCAACUCGGUUUAUAAUAUCUGAUCCAAGUAAAUUGGAAAAUUUAGGUAAACGACGUGAACAACGAAAGAAAGCAGGAUCAGCUUUAUCUCGUUAA